AGCUCUACUGAACUAGGGAUUUAUGUUGCAUACGUGCACCGCCUCAGCGCAAUGGAAGUUAUCAACAGUUUGCAGAUUUCAGCCACCGUUGCCAUCAUCCCCAUCACGAGCAAUAUUCGUGGACCCCACUAUCCCAUCUGGGUUGUACACUCCUUUGAUCGUGUAUGUCAUCAUUUUGUGCGUACCAAACUGCUGAUUGCGAUACAAUUUCUACAGACCGGAAUUGAGCCAGAUGACAUAUGGUUUAACAACCUGCAAGAAGAACUCGACCAAGACCAAGAUUCUGAGGAUCGCUCAACUGGAACUUGA